ACUACCACAAGUUCAGAAACACUUGCGGGAGUAGAGCACCAACCACGAGAUCCUCACAGCAAGAGAUCCAAGGAACUCACACUCCUCUUCUUCUAAACAGACUGGAAAACAGAAAAAAUAACAAUAUGACUCAGUCCGCCGCCCCAGCAAUCGAGAGCAUCUUCGGAAACGAUCCUUUCUUCAGUCAGGAGAGGAUGGUCUUCCCCCCCAUGCACCACCAGGCCCUCUCUGGCGUCCAAGAGGACUUCUUUCAAAGGAGGUCCAACCUGGCCAGUGAUCUCCUCAAGGAGCUCCGCGAUGGGCACCCCAGUAUGCACCAGCUGCACGAGAGGGCCCACCUCCGAAUGGGCUCCCCAUUCAUGGAGAGGAGGAUCACAGGAGUUCCAGCAACAGCACAGAGCCAGGUGGCCGAGACAGGCCGGAGCCACAGCCCCCUGGCCCUGAGCCUAAACGUCCAAGGCUUCAACCCAGAAGACAUCACAGUCAAGCUGGAUGGACGGAGGCUAGCCGUGGUGGCCAUGAAACAGGCCAAAGCAGAAGAGGCUAAAUCCACCUCCUCCGCCACCUCUUCCUGCUCCUUUUCCUCCUCCUCGUCCCAACAGAAAGGCUUUGUCCAGAAAAUUGACCUGCCUGCCCACCUAGACCUGACAGCCUUGACCUGUUCUCUGGGAGAAGAUGGACAGCUGAGGAUCGAAGCUCCCACAGCCGCCCCCCAGCUGGAAGCUCCUACAGAGGAGCAGGAGGUCCCCCUCCACUUCAGAACCUCCCUGGACGUACCCAUAGCCAAGGGAACCAUGGAAGAGUCUACAACAGGGAAGACCUCAAAACCUUGAAUUACAAAGACGGUCUGAAUAUUUUAUAAAACACUUAAUUGUAUUAAUAAUCCGGUGGAUGACAUUGUGGAAAAUCAUUUAUAAUAUGCCUAUUUGAAUAAAUAUUAUUUAAUAAAGACAAUCUGAUAUUGGAAUGAUGGUUGCUAGAAUUGUGGCUUGUGUGGAAGACAGUUUUAAAAUAGAUAACUAGAAAUACAGUGGGGCAAAAAAGUAUUUAGUCAGCCACCAAUUGUGCAAGUUCUCCCACUUAAAAAGGUAAGAAAGGCCUGUAAUUUUAAUCAUAGGUACACUUCAACUAUGACAGACAAAAUGAGAAAAAAAAUCCAGAAAAUCACAUUGUAGGAUUUUUAAUGAAUUUAUUUGCAAAUUAUGGUGGAAAAUAAGUAUUUGGUCAAUAACAAAAGUUUAUCUCAAUACUUUGUUAUAUACCCUUUGUUGGCAAUGACAGAGGUCAAACGUUUUCUACAAGUCUUCACAAGGUUUUCACACACUGUUGCUGGUAUU